UUUAAAAUGAUCAAAAACAUAGUAUUUGUUUGUAUUAGUGAUACUCAUGGAUUACUUGGUACUAGUCCAGAUAAAAAUGCUUCUAAAUCAAUAAUGCCUAAAGGAGAUGUAUUAAUCCAUUGUGGUGAUUUUACAAAUUAUGGAGAAAUUGAAGGUAUAAGAAAAUUUAAAAAAUGGUUGAUUGAAUAGCCAUUUAAACAUAAAAUUUUGAUAGCAGGAAAUCAUGAUCGUUCUUUUGAUUAAAUAAAAUAUCCUCAACUUUACAAUCAAAUGAAAGAGGAAAUUGAAGACCUUAAAAACUAAUGUCAUUAUUUAUAUAAUAAUUCAUGUAUUAUUGAAGGUUAUAAAAUUUGGGGAAGUCCGUACUCCUUAGAAUUUUGUAAUUGGGCAUUUUAAUUGGAUCCUCGAAAUGCUAAAUAAUUUUGGAAUCAAAUUGAAGAAGGAACAGAUAUUGUCGUAACUCAUGGUCCUUCAUAUGGCCAUGGAGAUUUAGUCGAUAACUCUGGUAAUGUUGGUGAUAUAGAAUUAUUAAAUAAAAUUAAAUAGAUAAAACCAAAAUAUCAUUUAUUUGGUCAUAUUCAUGAAGGUUAUGGUAUUACAGAAGAGAAAGUUGAUGAAAAUAUAAUAAAAUUUGUAAAUUGUUCCAGUUUGAAUGAAUACUAUAAAAUUACUAAUUUACCAUAUAUUUUCGAAUUACCUUAGAAAUAAAAUAUAGAUAUUUGA